GGGAAGGCGGAAACGCGCGGGGAAAGCGCAGAAAACGCGCGGGGCCCUGAGAGGCCUCGCCCCCGCGGGCUCGGUGCGGUGGGAGCGGCUCCUCCCCGCGCUGCCGGCGGGCGGCCCCGCGGGGUCGCGUCGGUGAGAGGAGGGCGGAGGUUUUGGGACCCUGCGCGGCCGCCGGAGUCACGUGACGGGAAGCAAGAUGGCGGCGCCCAUGUGAGGGGCGGCGCGGGGGAUGCGCGGGGCGGCGCGCGCGGCUGCCGCGCUCAGGAGCUUCUGCAGAGCCCCCCCGGUUCCUCCCGGUAUGGACGGAGCUUCCCCGAACGGCUCCGGGGGGUCCCCGGUGCUCCCGGGGGUCCCGGGGGUCCCGGGGGUCCCGGGGGGGUCACCGGGGGGGUCACCGGGACCCCCCCCGAGCUCCGGGGACCCCCCCGGGACCGGGGAGACGCUGAUCACCGAGGGCAGCGCCACCAUGGCCUUCCCCGGGGGGAACGAGGUGUUUUAUAACCCGGUGCAGGAAUUCAACCGGGACCUGACCUGUGCGGUGCUGACGGAAUUCGCUCGGCUCCGGCUGCGCCCCAAAGGAAUUCGGGUGCUGCUCCCGGGGGAGGAGGAGCCGGGGGGGAGCCCCCAAAACCCCCCCGAGACCCCACGGACGGCGCGGCCGGGAGAGAUCUGUGAGGGUGGGCUGCGUGUCCUGGAGCCCCUGGCAGCCUCAGGGCUCCGUUCUGUGCGUUUUGCCCGGGAGGUUCCGGGGCUGGCGGCCGUGGUGGCCGGGGAUCGCUCCCCGCGCGCGGCCGCGCUCAUUGCCCGCAACGUCGCCCUCAACGGGGUCGGGGGGCUCGUGACCCCCUGCCAGGCUGAUGCCAGGGUUCUGAUGAACCAGAGCCAGGCCCAGCGGGAUCCGUUCGACGUCAUCGACCUCGACCCCUACGGGAGCCCCGCGAUGUUCCUGGACGCGGCCGUGCAGGCGAUCAGCGACGGGGGUUUGCUGUGUGUGACCUGCACGGACAUGGCGGUGCUGGCCGGGAACAGCUCCGAGAGCUGCUACAGCAAAUACGGCUCCGUGUCCCUCAAGGGCAAAUUCUGCCACGAAAUGGCUCUGAGGAUUGUCCUUCACGCUCUGGAUCUCAGAGCCAACUGUUACCAGCGCUUUGUUCUCCCCCUGCUCUCGCUCAGCGCCGAUUUCUACGUCCGCGUCUUCGUCAGGGUCUUCACGGGCCAGGCCAAGGUCAAAGCCUCGGCCAGCAAACAGGCGCUGGUGUUUCACUGCGUGGGCUGCGGCUCGCACCACCUGCAGCGGCUGGGCAGGGCCACCAGCCACGGCAGCGGGUUCAAGUUCAGCGCGGCCACGGGGCCGCCCGUGGGUCCCUCCUGCGAGUUCUGCCAGCAGCGGCACCAGGUGGGGGGCCCGGUGUGGGCAGAGCCCCUGCACGACCCCCCCUUCGUGGGGAGGAUCCUGGAGGCGCUGGAGAGGAGCCCCGGGCGCUUCCGGACAGAGCCGCGGAUGAGAGGGGUCCUGAGCGUGAUCGGAGAG